ACUGAGAGGGAGGAGCUAAACAUGACGACUCUGUCUGAACUUGCCCUGCUCCUUUGUUAUGCUUUAUGUCGGGAAGUAAAAGGCCGACAUGGUUCAUGAGGAGCUGGCGGCCCGUCUCAACGACAGGGAGUACACCAACUGGCUGAAAGCAGGACGGUGUCUGCUCAUACUGAAGGACGGGCUGCAUCCCUUUAUAACACACCACAUGAAGGUUUUCCACAGCGACCUGCUCAAUCAAAACCCCCUGCUACAGAAACCGUGUGAGACUUCUUACUGCAGACCGAGAGGGAAUAAGCUUUUGUCAGCAUGCAGGGUGUGUUCAGAGUGGCAGAGGGUGAUCCUCAAGCACCGCAGACAGCCUGAUACCACAGUGAACUGGGACAACUGUGUCCCUCCUAACUGGAGAACAGACCACUGGGAACUGGCCAAGGCCUACAUGCCGCGGGGUCAGGCGAAAGUCAAGGGGGCAGAUAAAUGUGACGCCUCUGCUCUGCUCAACCUCAUAAACUACUGUGAUUGCUUCCGGUCUGUGGAUCCAAAAAUUGUCAGAGAGGUGAUCCAUCUCAGGAACGAGUUGAUGCAUUCUAGUGAACUCCGUGUGAACGAUCAAUGGAUGAGGCACUACAACACCACCAUGAAAAAGUUUGUGCGGCAGUUCAGCCAUCUACCAGACAUGGCAUCAGUUGGCCAACAGAUAGAUAAGAUGCUGACCAUUGAUUUGUCAAUAUGUGUCUCUGGUUUGGACCGAAUGGAUUCUGCUGACCCGGAUGGAAUAGAGAGUGAUUCUGUUAGCCAAUGGGAGCCCAGCGCAGACUUAAUCAGCCAAUGGGAGGCUGAGCUGUUAAAAGAGAGUCUUCAGGAGUUACUGGCUGCUGAAGAUGAUGAUACAAAGACUCAGGACCCUGAGCAGCUGAAGAGGCUGGGUGGUUUCCUGCUGGCCAGCAGAGAUCUGGGGGAGAGGUUCGCUGCAGAGCUCCAAGUCAUCAGCAGCCUGGAGGCCAAACAAUAAGAAGGAUGUAGAUGUGAAGAAAAGGAUGAAGAGCACCUUGUGCACUGUCUUUAUAUUUACUAUUAAAAAUGGGUCAAGAUCAGGACUGAAGCUGAUCGAGGGAUUUGGCACAGAUGUGUGUGCAUGUAAAUAAGAAAAUGUAAAUUAAAAUAUCUGACAAAAUA